UUUAAUCUGUUUUGAAAAUCUCUGUCUUGUAAUGGGUAUAUUUAGACCUUGGACAUUGAAACUAUAAAAGAUAUAUGCUUGAAUUUAUACCUACCACAUUUGUAACUCUAUUCUAUUUGUUACAUUUGUACAGUAUUUUCUGUUUGUUUAGUCAAUUGCUUAUUUCUUUUGAUGAGUACUGUUUUUAGCUUUGGCUAAAAUAAGUUCUAAAUAUUUUAACUUGGUGACCCAAAGCAUUCUUCCAGUGUGAGUAGGAAAUAGCAAGCGUUAUUGUUCUUUUAUUCUUUUAGAUAUUCCAAUCCACGUUAGUUGUAGCAAGAACUUCAACCAGGAUAUUACACUUACCUUUAUUUCCCAACUAGAGUUUUGUCCAACCCCUCUCUCGUGAAUUUCGUCUAGGAUGCUAGUGCUUGGAGAGACUUAGUAAAGCACAUUCAAAUACAAACCCAGGGUAGUUCCUGAAAGGAUAGGAAUCACUUAGGUCAUCGUUAGAGUAAUCUAACCUAGAGACAUCCUGAUCCUAACAAGCUGCUCUAGUUCAUACUUUCUCAACUAGAAACCUUUAACAAUGUGACCAUCUACCUUUCUGCCGUUUUGGAAUGAAAACUGUGCAACUGUGAAAAGUAUGGACUCUGAAGACCAUAGUGGACUGUGUAUGUACAUGCUUGUGGGAACCAGAAAGCUUUGGGGAGUAGAUGUAGAGGAAAAUAACAGCUUCAAAGGAAGUGCCUUCUCUUUAGGAAGUAAACUAAGCACUCCUUUCUGUUUAUCUUUUGUACUAGGUACUCCAUAAACGCUUGAUAGUUGAAAGGGUCAAUGAAUGAGUGGCUCCACUGUUUUAUGAAGAGUGAGAAUAGUUGUCGAGGGGGAAAAGAGAAACUCCAGGAGAAGAUAUGGUGUAUCAAUAGGGGCAUGGAUUGGGGACUCAGAUGUGUUCAAGUCCCAACUCUGCUGCUUAUUGGCAAUGUGUGCCUUGGCCAGUUUUCUCUGAGCCUCGGUUUCCUCACUUGUAAAAUAGGGAUGAUUUUACUUAUGUUCUGGUGUAAUGUGGGGCAGUGAUGAGGCAUGCAUACAAGUUAAGUGCUCAGUAAACAACCACUGUCAUUCUAGAGAGGAAAGUGAGAGAGAUGAAAAGAAGACCCCUGCGGAGCCAAGAAAGAAGUCCCAGUCAAUGAAAAGACUGACCCCACCGUAGAAAAACUGGAGAAAAGCCAAGCACAGACUCAGCCUUUAUUUGAACUUCUGAGUUGGAGCUUUGCACAGACCUUGAUGUGCUGGAAGAGUUGUGUUGAACUCUGAAAUGUCCUUCAGCCUGGCAAGCCUUCUGCAACUCAGUACCUCACUAUCAGACUGUCCCAGGGGAGAGUUCGCUAUAGGUUUCAGGAAGUGCUAAGAAGUUCCAGCCAAGCGGUGUUCCAGAGGAAGGGGAACACGAUUCUGGACCAUCAUUUGCUUUACCAGGAUACACAAGUUCUCCUGAGUGGUUGAAUCAGUUGUUCUUCUGUCUCUGCUUUUCCUCAGGAGAAAUGGCCAAAUGUACCUUUUCCACAUUAGAGAUAUUCCUGAUUUUCCUCUUUGUGAUGAUGACAGGGAUCACGGUGGCUCUUCUCAGCCUGUUGUUCAUCACCAGUGGGACCACUGAAAAUCACACAGGCAAGUAUCAUGGGUUCUCUUGUUUUCCAACCACCCAGAUCCCUCCAGCCACCCACCCUCCAGCCACCCAGGGCCCCACAGCCAUCCAGGCAUCUCCAACACCCAGCACCCCAGAGCCCACUCUAUUUCAGAACUUCAGUGGCUACCGUAUUGGUGUUGGGCGAGCUGACUGCACGGGCCAGGUAGCAGAUAUCAUUUUGAUGGGCUACAGCAAAACUGGCCAGAAUGCACAAGGCAUCCUCACGAGGUUGUACAGUCGUGCGUUCAUCGUGGCGGAACCAGAUGAGUCCCGUCGAGUAGUGUUUGUCAGCAUUGAGAUCGGCAUGGUGUCCCAACGACUCAGGCUGGAGGUCCUGAACAGGCUGCAGAGUAAGUAUGGCUCCCUGUACAGAAGAGACAACGUUAUCCUGAGUGGUACUCACACACACUCGGCUCCAGCAGGAUAUUUCCAGUACUCUACAUUUGUGAUUGCCAGUGGAGGAUUUAGCAAUCGAACUUUUGAGUACAUGGUUGCUGGCAUCAUGAAGAGCAUUGAGAUAGCACAUGCAAAUAUGAGACCAGGCAAAAUCUUUAUCAAUAAAGGGAAUGUGGAUGGUGCACAGAUCAAUCGAAGCCCUUCUUCGUACCUUCGGAAUCCACAGUCAGAGAGAGCAAGGUAUUCUUCAAAUACAGACAAGGAAAUGGUACUCUUGAAAAUGGUAGAUUUGAACGGAGACGACCUGGGUCUUAUCAGCUGGUUUGCCAUCCACCCAGUCAGCAUGAACAAUAGCAAUCAUCUUGUAAACAGCGACAAUGUGGGCUAUGCCUCUUACCUUUUUGAGCAAGAGAAGAACAAAGGAUAUCUACCUGGAGAGGGACCGUAUGUAGCGGCUUUUGCUUCAUCGAACCUGGGAGAUGUGUCCCCCAAUAUUCUUGGCCCACACUGCAUCAACACGGGAGAGUCUUGUGAUAAUGCCAAUAGCACUUGUCCCAUCGGUGGGCCUAGCAUGUGCAUUGCUAUGGGACCUGGGCAGGAUAUGCUUGACAGCACACAAAUCAUAGGACGGAUAAUAUAUGAGAAAGCAAAGGAACUGUAUGCCUCCGCCUCUCAGGAGGUAACUGGGCCACUGGCUUCAGCUCAUCAGUGGGUGAAUAUGACGGACGUCACUGUCUGGCUCAAUUCUACACACACAGCAAAAACAUGUAAACCAGCCUUGGGCUACAGUUUUGCAGCUGGCACGAUUGACGGAUUUGGAACCCUCAACUUUACGCAGGGGACAACAGUAGGGGAUCCAUCGUGGGACAGUAUUCGGGAUCAGGCCCUGGGCAAGCCAUCUGAAGAAAUCAAAGAAUGCCAAAAACCAAAGCCAAUCCUUCUUCAUACUGGAGAGCUGUCAAAACCUCAUCCCUGGCACCCAGAUAUAGUUGAUGUUCAGAUUAUUACUCUUGGGUUCUUGGCCAUCACUGCCAUCCCUGGGGAGUUUACGACCAUGUCUGGACGAAGACUUCGGGAGGCAGUUCAAGAGGAAUUUGCAACUUAUGGGAUGCUGAAUAUGACUGUUGUUAUUUCGGGUCUAUGCAAUGUAUAUACACACUACAUUACCACCUAUGAAGAAUACCAGGCUCAGCGGUAUGAGGCAGCAUCCACAAUUUAUGGACCACAUACUCUGUCUGCUUACAUCCAGCUUUUCAGAGUCCUUGCUAAGGCCAUUGCUACGGAUACAGUAGCCAAUCUGAGCAGCGGUCCAGAGCCUCCAUUUUUCAAAGACCUGAUGGCCCCAUUAAUCCCUAAUGCUGUGGAUAGAGCGCCUGUAGGCACAACUUUUGGGGAUGUCCUGCAGCCAGCCAACCCUAAAUACAGAGUGGGAGAAGUUGUUGAAGUUACAUUUGUAGGUGCUAACCCGAAGAAUUCAGCAGAGAACAAGACCCAUCAGACCUUCCUCACUGUGGAGAAAUACGAGGCCACAUCAGCAACAUGGAAGAUAAUGCAUAAUGAUGCCUCCUGGGAGACUCGUUUCUAUUGGCACAAGGGAUUACGGGGUCAUAGCAAUGCAACGAUACAAUGGCAUAUUCCAGAUACUGCCCAACCUGGAACCUACAGAAUAAGAUACUUUGGACACAAUCGGAAAAAGAACGUUCUCAAGCCCGCUGUCAUACUUCCGUUUGAAAGCACUCCCUCCACUUUUGAUGUUGUAACCACUUGGUGAAAAGUUGACAAAGAUAAAAAAGUUGAUAAAGAGCAGCUGUACUCUGUAUGAUUUAAAUAAUCAAUUUCAUGUGAAUGUAACCUAUUAUGAUGACUUCAAUAAUUGUCCUUGUUUGGGAACAGAUAGUUUACUGCUAAUGGGACAGGUGUGUGUGUGUGUGUGUGUCUGUCUGUGUGUGUGUCUGUCUGUGUGUGUGUGUGUGUGUGUGUGUGUGUGUGUGUGUGAGAGAGAGAGAGAGAGAGAGACGUGUGUAUGUGUCCCAUUUACCUUUGCUCUAGUAGAUUUUACAUCAUGGUCUGCUGCCUAAAGCAUGAUUUCCCUUGGGGCCCUGUGGUUGUUUAAAGAAACAGUUCCCCUCAAUAUGAAACCUCUGAAAUGUUAGUGAGAGUGGUUAAAGAUGUGUGAACAAUGUUUAAACUAUUUAUUUAUAGAAUUAUGGAAUGAUAGCACUUAAAAAGUUUAAAGAGGUCAUCUAGUUGGAUCCUUCAUUUUACAGAUGGGAAAAUGAAGUUUUAUGGAUUUAAGAUUAGCAUAAGGCUAGGACCUUGUCCCUCAGUCACAUUUUAAAAAUAUUAUAUAAACAUUGACCAUAAAUGUAUAAGCCCAGUUAGAGAAAAUUAGCAUGCCAGUUUUUCUAUACUGAGUGUAGCUUUUCAAAGCAGCCACCCUGGAGUUGAUAUGGCUGAUCCAGAGUUUUGUUGAUGUUCAAAUCAUUUCUGGAAUUGCCUUCAGAGCCCAAUUAUGAGAAAGUCAGACUUGUAAUAUUUUGGUCAUGCCUUGUGUUUCCCUAGGUGCCCUUAUCCCACUGAAUUGUGUCCCGUAUUCCCAAGACUUGUUCUAAGUGAUUUUUGAUUGUUUCACUAAUCAAAUUCACCCCAAACCCACAAAGUUUUGCUCUUAGUGUAGAUACUAAAAUGAAAAAAGAAUGAAAUUAGAACACUCCCUAACACCAUAUACAAAAAUAAACUCAAAAUG